AUGUAUCUCCUUGAUCAUCCACUACGGGGGCCGAACAGAUGUACGGUAAUUGUGGACAAAAGUGUACACAAUCAGAGAAUUGAACGGUUGUGGAGAGAUGUUUACGAAGGAGUUGCUAGUUUUUAUCACUCCCUUUUUACUCACUUAGAAUCUGUAAACAUGCUCAAUGCAGAUAAUGACUUGCAUCUUUUCUAUCUUCAUAUGGUUUUUAUACCGCGCAUAAACAAGCACCUCAAAUCGUGGCAAGAAGCAUGGGUUAAACACCCUCUCAGGACUGAGCACAAUCUCUCCCCUGAACAACUCUGGACGAUUGGUUUGCAGAGGAUUGCGAUGACCAGCAGCCAUAUUGCAAAGGAGGUAUUUGAGGACAUCCAUGAGGAGGAAGGGCAGGACUUUGGGGUCGAUAGGGGCGGCCCUGUUCCCCAUGACUGCACUGAUCGUGCCAUUACCGUUCCCGAGAUUCCCAACCCUCUUACUAGAGUUGACAUGCUAGAGCUUCAAGCAACUCUUUUACACGAGGAAUCAAGCAUGCAAUAUUGAAUUGACUCCUAUAGGUGUGUUUUACAAUUUGUUUCUA